UUUUUUUUUUUUUAGUGCAACGUAGUAUUAACGUGCAUUGGAUGUGUUACCUCUAACAUCCUUUUCAUCCCGACUGUGGCUGAGUCAGCUGUUCCUGGUCCCAUAUUUUCUUGCAGCUGAUCGUUCCUCUCUAACAGCCAGUGUACCUCUCUGUGGGCCUCUGCCUCAUUUGCCUCCCCUUGAUAACAGCGUUCCUGCUUGCUCCUCGUCUGGCUUGUGCAAUAGCAUGCAAGUGUGGCAUUGCUAAGGGCACUUGUCCAAAAGGAUGUGGGAACAUCAACCAGUUUCUAAAUGAUUCAGAUGGGUUUUAUGGAUCCUCCUUGGAGUGGGGGAAGGAGGAGAUUGGACAAACUGCUUGUGAUCUACAGAAAGACAUUUAUGGGUCAAGCUGUGGUUUGUUUAGCUUAUGUUCUCAGGAACAAUUCCACUAUAGGGAAUUGUGGAACAGGAACAGCGGCCUCUCGCUUGUUAGAGGUUAAUUAUUUCAUGUUGUUAUGAUGCCUGUGGAGCCUUAAUUUAAGAGUGUGAGUUCUUGUCUUGCUCCACUCUAUGCACAGAACAAAAAGGCAGCUUCUGCAUGAAGGUGAUUUCCAGCCUUGGCCUAAGGAAGAGGCAUCAUCAGCACUGGUCAGCAGUUACGCCAUGGCUUGCUAGUCAGCCUAAAGAAAAACUGAACUUUUUUGUUCCUGGGCAUAGUGCCGAAAAAGAGAUAGGAAUAGAUGUGGGAGGUAACUGGAAAACUGUAGGCUUUAAGCUUCCACUUGGAGUCCAUAUCCUUAUCCAUGGCAAGUUCUGACUGUAACUGAGGCUCUCAAGCCUUCUCAAGAAGAUGCUUGGGAACACUGUGGGCAUUUGGCGUUUCCUUGGGUAACCCACCCAGAGCUUAGAAACCUUAAUGGUUAAAAGCAUUUCCUGCUAGUAACCACUGAAAAUUGAACUUCACUGUAGCUAAAUGCCACUUCUGCUUGCUGUGAAUGUAGAAGAAGGGAAUAAAUGUUUGCCUUUUUCUUCACAUAAUUGACUAUUUUCAAUUUCUCCUUCUCUUUUUUGAGCCUAUUUUUUGAACUUUAUCAUUUUUCUUUACACUUGUGAUUUUUCUUGUGGCUGUCUUAGAGAGCCCAGAUGGCUCAUGUUCAAGUGUGGUCCUGAAAAGGCAGCCUUUAAUCUCUACUGCAUCUGAGCCAGUUGUUCCUAGUCUUGCAUUAUCCUGUUGAAAAGCUAGAGUGCAUAACUUCCUGAGUUACACUGUACCUUUUCAUAUUGCUUCUGAAGACUACUCUGAAUGCCACCCCUAUCCUUUUGUGCUGUUUGAAUGAGGAGGUAGCUUGUAAAUGUCUACAGGAGCAGUACUAUGUGGAGCAGGUGCUUGUCUUUGCAUUGAACAAGUAGGUAAUGGAGUCUGGUGUCCUGGGGUAAUGUGGUGUAGAAGGUCAAAAUGAUCCUUUGGUGUGGCCUGAGAGUUAUAGGAUGAAGCAGGAUGUGCUGGCCUUAAAUAAUACUCUUUGUGAGUUGUAUCUUAGCUGGGUUUGUCUAGUAUAGUGUGUCUUACUCCUUUUCUGAGUGCAGACAUUCAUGCCCUCUUGCAUGUGUAUCUUCCCUAUUUAAUUAUUAAGCAGGUGUUUAAUGUGUAAUAAUUUUGACAUGCUGUAGUAAUUCAAAUAUUUCUAUAGUGGAAUUGUAGUUAAAUCAGUGAAUAUUUUUCAUGUACAGUGUUUACUUUUUCAGCUACUUUAAUGGCUUCUAUUUGUUGGCUCACGCAUAAAUAUUCAAAGGCUGUAAGCGUGCAGAUCUGCAUGCGUGAAUAUUCAGCUUCUUGUACUGAUGGGAUUUUUCAUCUUAACUGCCAAAUGUAGAGUUCAGGCUUAUGGUGACUAAUUACAUGUAGAUAAUUAAGUAUACAGGUUACUUUUCUGUGUUAUUUAGGCUUACCAUACAUAACUAGUUGGGCGCUUGCAGUGAAAAUGAUCACACUGGUAACUACGUGGUGUACUUUGAACAGUACACUACUCAAUGAAGGUGGGACAUGCCUUCCUACUGUGUUAACUUGUAGGCAGCGUCCCUGAACUGUGUGAGAUGGGAGAGAAGAAACACUGCCUUGGGCACCUCUGAGAGCCCUCACAGGAGUCCCUGGACAAGGUGUGAGGCUGUGUCAAUGGAGGAGAUGUGUUGUCUAGAGAAGAAUGCAGGUGCCCUUUGCAUCUCUCUGACUGUGAGGAAGACGGGCAGGGAGCUGAGGGACCGCCUAUGCAGUGAGCAUAUAGCAUAUAGUCCUCUCCUCCCAUAACAGAAGGUGGGAACUGAAACCUGAGCAGACCUUUGCUCAGGGAGGAGAAUCAGGAGGAAGGUGCUCAGCUCCAAGGACAGACUUAGGCUUUUCCUGUAUGAAUCUGGGGAGGGUAUGGUGAAUGCCAGUGAAGCUGCCUUCCUCGUAGGCAAAAAUGCUUACUAGUACCUCAGACUGCACCAAAAAGAGGGCUUUUAGUUUGUUCCCUAGGGGUGUUACCUGUUGCUUUGUCAUUAAGACCCUUGUCAUUGGUGUUUGGUUUUUUUUGCAGGUUUCACAUAAACUGUUCACCAGACAUGCCUCUGCAUGUCCUGUACCUAAGUUGAUAAAGCAUCUAUGCACUUUAAUCUCAAGUCUAUGCCACUCUGCUAGUACAGUGUGAGCUGUGCCUUGAACCUUGGAUAUAAAGACCUACCAGCCAAAGUCUUGUUCCUGCCUUAGUAAUGUUCCAGAGGUUAAAUAACAUGCUCAUGGGAGAGAUUGAUAGCCUGUCCAGCCAAGAGCCAGAAUUCAGUGAGAAAGAAGAUGACGAGUGGAUUCUGGUUGACUUUAUAGACACUUGCACUAACUGCUCCGCGGAGGAAGCGGACAUCGCUGAAGCAUCGGACGCAGAUGGCUCACCUGCCUUCUCUUGUUUACCGUCUCCCUUGGAACACUUUCCAGAGGCCAGCGAGUCUUGCUUCAUCCAGUUUGAGUCAUGCCCCAUGGAGGAGAGCUGGUUUAUUACCCCUCCCCCAUGUUUUACUGCAGGUGGAUUGACCACUAUCAAAGUGGAAACCAGUCCAAUGGAGAACCUCCUCAUCGAGCAUCCCAGCAUGUCUGUGUACGCUGUCCACAAUACCUGUCACAGCCUUAAUGAGACUGGGUGUGGAGAUGAGGAGUUUCACAGCCCAGGUAGUCCGAGACUGGAAGCCCGAAAUGAAACGGGGCAGCGUGUUCACUGCUACGUCACAGCUCUUGCUACUCGUUCAGCUUUUCUGGAAAAAACCAAGAGCUUUCGUCCUAGCCACUGGAUAAAAGAACAUAAUGAAAGACAUUAUCUCAACAGAAAUGGUCUCCGUCGCCAAAACCUCACCAGGGAUUGCCACUCUCGGCAAAUCAAGCACAAUGGACUCUUUGUUCACCAGCCUUGCCAGCGUCAGUUCAAUUACUGAUGGCUCUUGUGGUUUUAAUCUAUGGUCUAAUUGUUUUUUAGGUUACUCUUGUUUCCGUGCAUAGGUAAGUGUGGUCAGUCUGAAGCUGAUUGUCAAUGCCUCCAACACAAUUGUAACUAGAGUUGCAUUCUUUUAAAAUGAUACCUAAAUUUCCAAACAUCUUGCAGUAAGUCCUGAACAUUGAUGUUAAAUAUCAAUGUCUUGGAAGCCUAUCACUAAGGUAGUUUGUGUGCUGUUUUAUAAACUAUGAUGUAUAGAUGGGUUCUUAGUUGAUCUUUUAAAGACACUUAACUGAGAUGGAAAUCAGUUAUAUUUUACGUUAAUCAAAGUGGAGUUAGAAAAUUUGAGGUUAGGUGUAUUCUUUAAUAACCAAAACUUGACAGCUUGUGUAUCUGUCUAUAUUCAGCAUAUAUGAUUACUUUCUAACAAAGGCAUACUAUAGCUGCCAGUGGGUAGCUAUGCUGAACUGUUACAAGAAGGACGUCUAAUGUAAAUCGCCUAGUACCUACUUGUGUUAGUGGAGUCUGUGUAGGUGUAUUGGGUACUUGAUAUGGAUAUCAGAAAGGGUUAAAUGUCCCCCCCUAAUAUUGUUGCAGUAGGCUAUGGCACUGGUGUUACAGAUGUAGUACCUCACAGUGGAGUGGAAGGAAAAGUGGGCCUAUGGGUUAAGUGCAGAUGCACAACACAGAGCUGAACUGGGUUUUACUUGGUGCAGUUUGGGUUCUUAUUCCUUUUCUCUUAUUCUUUCUGUCUUUAAAAGAUGUAUUUACCCUAUCCCAUUUCAUUUAAUCUCUAGUCUACUUAGAGGAAAAGGAUGGUGUACUGACUUCUUUUAAUCCCAUCAGUAGCUGACUGCUCUUUAAAGAAGUCAGGCUGAUGGAUAGCUAUUUCUGAGCUGCUAAUUGCUGUUAAAUUGUCUGAGUAGCUCAAAAGCAGCUAGAAGGAAGGUCUUAUUAGUUCAAAUUUUCUCCCUUCUCUUUCUCUCUAGAAAUUAAGUCCAAGUUAAUUGUGACUGGAAAUGAAGGGCAGUGUGUGGCAGGGAUAAGAGGAUGCUGAAAAACAGUCUUACAGAACUAAACACAGAGAUGACAGGGUGUAUAAAAAUGGAGAUAGAUUGGCAGUGUUAUUCCCUUAGCCCAUUGGGGCAGAAGAGCUGGAUAGCAAUUCCAUGGGCAACAGGAAAGAAAAGCCAUUCAAAACUAACAAGUAAUUUUCUUAAGAACGCUGUACAAUGUUUUGGAAGUUGGCAGGCACUUGAAAACCCAGAACACAAAGUUCACCUGUUCAGUACACCCUGUUUCUUAACAGCAGCCAUGUGGCAUGCUGAGCCCUGAUAGAUCAAUCUGGGAAGUAAACUAAAUGCCUAUGGAGGUGAGGAAGCAGAAAUCUGCACUGAAGAAAGAGGGGAAAUACCAGUAGGUUUAUCCCCCUUUCUGUCAGUACUUAAUGUGACUUACUGGUUUUAACUUGUGUUUAGUGCCUAGGGCAUUAAAGUGUUAACAUUACAUUCAACAAUGUCUUCCAGUAGUCCUUAUACAAAAGCUAGUAUAAGGAGUCAUGUGAGGAGUCCUUAAAAUUAGAUCAGUAAUGUGAAUUUUUCUAGACCUAUGAAGUAUUUUAAAUUCAGCCAAAUGCUUCAAAUUCAUUGAAGCCAAACUCUAACAACUUGGAUUGACCUUGAUGUAACGGUACUGUUGCACAUUCUGCAGCUGGAAUUGUUGUGGAACAUGCUUAGUAUACAGGAAAUAGCACUUAUAACCUUUGUUUCACUGCAGAUGUGCUGCUUCACUGGGGUUAGUUAAGAUUGUUGCAAGGGGAUGCUCACAGAUAGUUAAGUGUGUAAAAGCAAUAGGUGCUUUCCUGGAUACACUAGUCUCCUUUAUUUUAUUUUUUUCCUAAAAUACAUUAAAUUCACACACACAGUGAAAGAAAACAGAAUUGGUCACAUCGUAAGUUUCAAAAAUAGGGAUUUUUUGUUAGUGUUUUCAGCAGUAUGUGUCUGUGUCCAUACAGCAAUUCUUUUGUGGUCCAAACAUUCUGGUUUGCAAAUAGCUGUGGUUUCACCAGUCUCUCAUCUGUUCAUGAAUACUCUUACUUGCCUCAGAUUGUCUGCUUUUAUCACUCCAGCUUUUUGCCCAGUUUAAACUUCCUUCUCACUGCCAACUUCCUAGCUCAGGAAAAUUCCUCUCUUUCCUGUAUUUUUGUUUUUCUUUGUAUAAAAGUAACUACUUUCCUUCAGCUUUAAUUUUCUUAAAGUGAAAUGAAGGAAGAUGGAGUGUCCACCUCCCAGUGUUAGAAGGAGUUAAGUAAUCUUUUAACUCUUGACAGGGAGAUGGGAGUUGAGAGUAUAAGGCUCCCAGGCAUUACAGUGAGAGCCUUGGACUGUUCUUCUCAGUAGGCAAGUAAAUGCAACUUUAGACUGCUCCUAGAAUUGGGAGAUACUGAUCUUUUUAUACUACAUUACUAGAUGACUUUCUGGUGAUGAAAACCUAUAUCUUUCAGGAUAUAAACUAUUUUGUUGCACAAAGCUGUGCUUCUCAAUUUGUAAUAUUAGACACCAUAUUAUUGUGUGAGAUAGUACUGCAUCAAUGGCUUUUUGUUAAUGUGGUUUACGUAUUUAUGUCGGUCUAGCCCCAUUUUGUGCCUGGAGCUAUUGGGCAAAUAGAUUUGUUUUGUUUUUCUGUUUUAAUAGCAAGCUGUGUGGCUUCUUAUGGUUUUUUGACUUGUAUUAAAGUGUGUGUUCUUGUAAAAAGCAGAGGCCUUGCACUGUCUUAUAUUGAUUUGAUAUUCAUGAAUCUUGCUGAAACUGUAUUUUCGUAUGUAUUGGUCAAUAGACAGAUUUGCAUUUUAAACUGUGCCUUCUACACAGCAAACUUGAAGAUUCAAAAGGGACAUUUCAGUUAGGAUUAAUACUGUACAUCAGUCUAUGCACAUAUGGCAGCUUCUCUCCAGAGCCACUUCUCUAUUUGUAGCAGUCCUUUUGAUAUGGAAGAAUGUCUGGCUCUUAUUUUUAAUAGUUAUAACACAAGCUGAAAAACAACAAGAUACAGCACUUUGCCAAAAAGUAGCAUUGCUUAACCAGUGUGUAUUUACUAAAGUGAUCUUCUGUAUUUUGUUUUCAUAGUGCAUUCUGCACAUUGUGGGAAACGUGAUCUUAACUCUCAAUAAAAAAUGGCCUAUUAAAAA